GUACAAUCUAAAGUGGACUGCAUUUUGCAAGAAGUUGAGAAGUUUACAGACCUAGAGAAACUCUACCUCUACCUUCAGCUGCCUUCGGGUCCCAACAAUGGAGACAAAAGCAACACAAAUAUCUCCAUGUCAUCCAGCCGUGCCCAACAGAUGCACGCCUUCUCAUGGAUACGGAACACCUUGGAAGAGCACCCUGAAACAUCCCUUCCCAAGCAGGAGGUUUAUGAUGAAUACAAGAGCUAUUGUGACAAUCUUGGCUACCACCCAUUAAGUGCUGCUGACUUUGGAAAGAUCAUGAAAAAUGUUUUUCCAAAUAUGAAGGCCCGUCGUCUAGGCACAAGAGGCAAAUCAAAAUAUUGCUACAGUGGACUGAGGAAGAAGGCUUUUGUGCAUAUGCCAACACUGCCCAACCUUGACUUUCAUAAAACUGGAGAUGGGUUGGAUGGGGCAGAGCCAUCUGGGCAGCUGGAAAGUGCUGAUGAGGAAGUUGUCUCUGCGGCCUGCCGGCUUGUUUGUGAAUGGGCCCAGAAAGUGCUGAGCCAGCCUUUUGAUACAGUCUUGGAAUUGGCUCGUUUCCUUGUAAAAAGUCACUAUAUCGGUACCAAGUCAAUGGCAGCUUUAACCGUGAUGGCAGGGGCACCAGCAGGAAUAAAAGGGAUCCCCCAGCCCUCAGCUUUUAUACCUACUGCUGAAAGUAAUUCCUUUCAACCACAAGUGAAAACUCUGCCAUCUCCUGUUGAUGCCAAGCAGCAGCUGCAGCGUAAGAUCCAGAAGAAGCAGCAAGAGCAGAAGCUGCAGUCUCCUUUGCCAGGAGAGUCUCCAGCAAAGAAAACAGAAGGCACUGCAACCAAUGGUGUGACCAGUAUAUCUAAUGGAAGUCCUGCGAUUCUGUCUCCUCCGCCUAUUGGCAUUGUUGUGGCAGCUGUCCCCAGCCCGAUACCGGUGCCAAGGACCAGGCAGUUGGUGACGUCCCCAAGUCCUAUGGGAUCGUCUGAUAGCAAGGUCCUGCCACUCAAUGUUCAGGUGGUCACUCAGCACAUGCAAUCAGUCAAGCAGUCACCAAAGACUCCCCAGAAUGUUCCCGCCAGCCCAGUUGGUGACCGCUCUGCCCGGCAUCGUUACCCGCAGAUCUUACCGAAGCCAGCAAAUACCAGUGCUCUCACCAUCCGCUCUCCCACAACGGUGCUCUUUACUAGUAGCCCAAUCAAGACUGUUGUGCCAGCUCCACAUGUGAAUUCCUUAAAUGUCGUAAAAAUGACAGCAAUAUCUCUUGCCCCAAGCAGCAGUAAUGUGCCCGUCAAACAGACGCCUUCAGUUAGCAGUAGUGCAGGAGCAGUGGAAGAAGGGAGGACUGGUCCACAGAUCAAAAAUGGAUCUGUUGUUUCACUUCAGUCUCCAGGAUCCAAGCCUAGCACUGCUGUAGCUGCACCUGCAGUCAAGAUCAAAAUGGAACCAGAAGCAUUGCUGGAUGAGAACUCAGUACAGGGCCAAGAGAGCUCUGACAUGUCUAAAUCCAUAAAGGCAAACCCUGACCUGCCUUCUGCUCAACUAAUUAAUUUUGAAGUUGCAACGUUGAAGGUUUCAGCUGAUGAUAUUGUGGAGGCAAAACCAGUUAAGGGCUGUGAUCAGGCAGCUGAAGAAGCAGGGACCAAAUAUAAAACACAGUCUAAUGAGAUCACACCAGUUUCUUCAGCAGGCAAUAAUCAAAGCACUCUAAAGCUCUCAGUUGCCAGUCAAAACUUGUCCAGCACCAGCAUCGGUUCACCUCCUACUGGUGAGUCUACGAUUAAAGACAAAACAUGCACUAAAAGUCCAAGAAAGCGACAACCUUCUACAGUUCAGGAUUCCCAGGUACCACCUGUAAAGAAACCACUGGUGGAGCAGCUUUCAGCUGGUAAUGCUGUGGAGGGUCAAAAAGCAAACAGUGUUAAGAAGCCUGUGAAGGCUGGAUUGUUAGCUAACAGUGACAGCACAGCAACACUUGCUCAAGUUCCCAGCAAGGUACCUGUGAAUGUACCUGCACCUUCUGCAGCUGCAGCAAACUUGGCAACAGACCUUUCUUUGAGCACCAGUUUAAAUACCAGUGAUUCUACUUUAGGACAGCAGCUUGCAUCAGCAUCAUCUCCAGAUAUAAAAGUAAAAUUGGAAGGAAACAUGUUUAUCAUAGAAGAUGAUUCAAAAUCUGAUGGCAGCUUUAACCCAAAUACAUGGCACCGUAUCACCAAAACCUCCGACUUUGCAUCUGUGAAUUGUGAACAGCAGCAAGAUAUCAGUGUUAUGACUAUUGCAGGGCACUCUGGCUCUAGCGACUUACAGGAAUCAGCAUGGGAGCCAGUGCACUGUGAAGGUAUACAGCAGGAUGCGUACAACCAGCAGUUACAGAGCCAGAUCCAGGACUCCUCCUUGGGUCAAAUACAAGCACAGUCUUCAAAUCAGUUACCUCUGCAGUCUGAGCUGAAAGAGUUUGAGCAUACAGUCCCUCAGUCAAACGAAAACUUCUUUUCAUUUGAUGAUGACCUGACCCAGGACAGCAUUGUGGAGGAGCUGGUGCUCAUGGAGGAGCAAAUGUCCAUGAAUAAUUCCCAUCCUUAUGGUGGUUGUCUAGGAAUGGCACUUCAGAGUCAGACUGCAGCUCAAGGAGCUCCCGUAUCAUCUCAUCCAAGCAGCACCCACUUUUACCAUUCAAUCCAUAACAACAGCACUCCGAUUCACACUCCCACUCCCACCCCC